AUGUGGAAAGCUGUGGCACUCGCUGUGUGUCUGCUGGUGGCUGGGGUUCAGCCCAAGGAGGACCCAGCAUAUGGGGUGAAGCUCUGUGGCCGUGAGUUCAUCCGGGCGGUCAUCUUCACUUGUGGGGGCUCCCGAUGGAAACGAUCACUCAGGAGCGCAGAUGACUCAGAGGACCCGUUUAGCUCCCGUCAGGAUGAGUCCUUCGAAGGCUUGAGUCCCAACUCGCUGGAGAGUAUUCUCCAAAGGAACAGAGAUCUUAGAGUCCCACCUAGAGACAGCCAGGACGGAGUGUUCAGCAGGCCGACCCGCUCUUUCAUCACUGAAGAGAUCCUGGAGGCCCUGCGCAAGGCUGACCGCAAGGGCCGCGAUGUGGUGGUGGGUCUGUCCAAUGCCUGCUGCAAGUGGGGCUGCAGCAAGAGUGAGAUCAGCUCCCUUUGCUGA